AUGGUGCACCACGUGGAUGUCAACCUCCCCUGGAACCACUCCCUCUGCGCCUGCUGCCUCUCGCGCAUCCUCCACCCCGCCCCCCCCACCACCUACCAAACCUCAACCCCAAACGCCCUCCGCCUGCACCUGCAGCAGCCGGUGCAUGAGAAAAUCAAGCCGUGCCCAGCCAGCCACAACCGCCCGUCCCAGGCUAUCCUUGCAUGUUCCGCCACGGUUAGGGUGCAGGGUGUCUGGUGUACCAUGGGCCCGGGUGUGGGGCGUGGGGGGAGCGGGCGCACUGCACUUGCCGCUGCGGCUGCUCGUAGGGGUGGGGUUGGCGGUGGUGGGGGUCUUUCUAGGGUUGGCAUUUCUGCAGGCUCUCCUGCGGAACAGUUCAAGUGGAAGGCGGAUAUCGCGCCCAUGCCCGCGGCCGAGGGGAUGUUUCUUGAGUGGAUGGCAGAGCCACGUGUCGGGCUGCUGUUGGACCUGGAUGUGGUCAGAUCCCGGCUGGCAGAUAUGAUGAAAAUUCACGAUCUGGUAGCAGCAAGUGGUGGUGCUACAGCCAGUGGUGGUGCUACAGCCGGUGGUGGUGCUACAGCCGGUAGUGGUGCUCCCAAGCACUUCUGGUGGUGCUGCUGGCAGUGCAGCGCGUGUUGGACCGCCUACCGCCGCUGCCUCUCCGUCGUCGUCUUCCUCGUGCUUGUAGCGAGGCUUCCCCGUAUAGUCACACUCUGGCGCCUGCACAUGAAAUCCUUCAACGUCGCCUUUCCCGCCCUGGCGAAUCAGCUGAACGCGGGGAGGCAGAUCGGGGGGGUGGGGGGCAGGCAGGCAGAGCGGCAGGCCAGUAGGCAGGCGGGGAAGGGGGGAGGGAGGCAGGCGGGUGGGGAAGCGGAGGAGGAUUGCUUUGGAUCGAUCCUGGUGCAGGUGCUUGGGGUGAAAGGGAAGAAGGAGCUGGAAUCGGGGUUUGCUGCUCAUGUGCUGCCUCUUCUGCCCGGGGGAAGACAGGCGCACGGGGGUAUGAGAGCGGGGACGGGGAGAGGAGGGGGGGUAGGAGGAGGGAUUGGCUGGGUGGAAGGGGGGGAGGAGUGGAGGGAGGGGUUGAGAGGGGUGGAGUGGGAUGAUGGGGAUGGAAGCAGCAGGCAUGAACACAGUGGCACUGCUGCUGCUGGUAGUGGUGGUGGUGCCGCCAGUGGCAUGGUCAUAACUGGCGUUGACCCGACUGACUUUGCUCUCCGGGCUGCAUUGACUCUCUGUGUGCCGCUCGCUGCUGUCUACGGCAUGCAAGCGUUUACCGGGGCAUGCAGUAACAGGUACAAGGAGCGCGUGGAGGACGCUGCUGUGGAGGCAGCCAGGCAACGGCUGGCAGAGAGGGAAGAGAGGCUGGCAGAGAGGGCAGGAGAGGGAGAGAGGGCAGCAGGGCAGAAGCCGGCAGAGAGGCACGGAGGACAGGAGAGAGGUGGGGAGAGGAACAGAGAGGAUAGCGAAAGCUUAGUUCAGAAAGACGCGUCCUGCGUCCUGGACGCAUGCGUCCAGACGCAUGCGUCCAGACGCAGGACGCUGAACCUGGACCUGUAA